AUGGCGACGAACGAGAAUGCUGUGAGUUUGUCACAGCCGGUUGUGCCCAUCUUCACUAGAGAAAGCUACUUCAGAUGGAGUUUGAGGAUGAAGACUCUCUUCUGCUCCCAUGAGCUCUGGGAGCUGGUUGAGGAGCGCUUACCGGGGGUAGAAGAUGAAACUCGGAAGAGAGAAGCGGCAAAGAAGGAUGCCAAAGCAUUGUGUUUGAUACAAGAAGCUGUUGACGAACCCAUAUUAGACCUUAUUGCAGAAGCUGGUACCGCUCAUGAAGCAUGGGAGAUGAUCAAGACGAAGUUCCAAGGAUCAUCUAAAGUUGUGGCUGUGAGGAAACAGACACUUCGGCAAAAGUUUGAGAUGCUCCACAUGCAAGAAGGUGAACUGAUAAAGGAGUAUCUCUCAAGAGUGGUCACUAUUGUGAACCAGAUCAAAGCUAUUGGGCACAAACUAACAGAGGAGGAAGUUGUUGGAAAAGUUCUUCGAAGUCUCUCCUCUAGGUGGGAUUAUGUUGCUGUUGCUAUUGAAGAGGCCAAGGAUAUUGCAAAGAUGUCCAUGGAUGAGCUGAGUGGGUCUCUCCAAGCUCAUGAGAUUCGCAUCAAUCGGUCUUCUGAGAAGGGGACUGAGAAGGCUUUCUAUAUGAAAGGUGAUGCAUCUAAUCCGAGAGAUGCUGAGAGACGAACCAACAGAGGAGGGUUUAGAGGCUCUUGCAGGGGACGAGGUAGAAGCAGAGGCCGUGGUGCAAGUCCUGAGAGGCGGAGUUCAGGAAACCAUGAAAAUAGAGGCAAUAAGAGCUCAGUCCAGUGUUAUCAUUGCAAAAAUACGGGCACGUCAAGGCAAAUUGCUGGCUUAAAGACAAACCAGUAG